AUGCCGCCACCAUCGGGCAGUGGCAGUGGGCCGACGUCGCACCAACGGACGUCGAUGCCGCUCGAAUCGACGCCGGUGCCCUUUGAACUGUCGCUGGACCUCGACCCCGCCACCUGCUGGCUCUCGCAAGGCCUCUCGAGCCUGCAGUGGGGCAGCAGCCAGAGCAGCCAACAAGGACAGAGUCACACGCAGGCACCCGCCAUCGCCGCGCCAGUCCCCGCCACGCCUGUCCAGCCCGAAUUUUCCUUUUCGGCCGCGUCUGAGUCACCUGGCGAUCCGAGUUACAUACAGCUGUGGCAGGAGCAGGUCGCCAUGCUCCAGGUCUCCCACGGCGACGCGCUCGGUGCCGAUGUGCAAGGUGAAGGGGAGCAAGGGCACCGGCAUGGGCGAGGACAGGAGCAGUACAACCAAGUACAAGUAAAAGAGGAAGAGGGAGACGAAGAGGCGACGCACGCACUCGCACCAGGCGACAUGACCGUCGCCCAAAAGGUCGUCUUUGUCCUCGACACGGUGGCCCAGCGCGCCCUGACGCACGGCUUUGUCGACAAGAAGCUCAAGAAGUUUGCCAGCCGCGUCGGCUCGGGCGAACACCACUUCCACCGCGCCUUUCCCAAGGUCGUCGGCCUCACUUUCGGCGCCUUUUCCAUCGCCAGCUGCCACCUGGCGAUCCAGGACGCCGCCGGGUGCGACACGCCGUUUGACUUUGAGCCCCGCAUGACGGCCAGCUCGUGGAAGUCGAAACGCAUCAACUCGGCCCUGGGCGAGAUGGAGGUUGCAGAGUACCGCGCGGGCCUCCGUGACAAGACCAUCUACGCCAUCUAUGCCGAGACCAUCUACGGCCGCUUUGCGCUCCUGUACAAGGAGGCGCCCGGCGGAGCAUUCACGUGGCCCACCGGCCUCGAUCCACGGACGGCGCAGCAGCCACCCCGUGGAAGCCGCGUUGUUGCGCUCAUUGAUGGUCCCAAUGCCUGGGAGCGCAUGUGGGCCCGCUGCCCGCACGCGCUCCUCUGCACCGCCUGGCAGGCCGACUGGCUCGCCGACGUCGUCCACACGCUCAGCUUCCGGGAGCAGCUGUCGCGGCAAAAGCACCCCGAGGUCAGCCCGGCCGACCUCGCCCGCUUUCGCAGGGCGCGCGUCUACAUGACAGUCUCUUGGGCCAUGGAGGGUGCCGAUCUCAACCGCGUCUACCAGAAGAGGCCUGCCAAGGUCGUCACACUCGAGGCGAUGGAGGAGGCCCGGCAGCAGCGGCUCGUCUGGGAGCAGACGGGCAAUAUGGACCAUGUUCUCAAGCGUGCUGCUUCGUCAAGGGCGGCUGGACCUGCAAAGAGGUCCAGGGGCCUGUCGAUGCAGGACACCAGUCCGCCGCCGAUGCCCGCCGAGGGGAGCACACGGCAGAGCCCAGCGACGAGGAGAAACUAA